AUGGACUCUAGAACUGUUGGUAUUUUGGGAGGAGGCCAGUUGGGCCGGAUGAUUGUUGAGGCUGCAAGCAGGCUGAACGUUAAAACAAUCAUCUUGGAUGCACCCAACUCGCCUGCGAAACAGAUUAAUGCUCUUACCCAGCAUGUGGAUGGGUCUUUCUCUAACCCUAGCGAUAUUGAAGAGAUUGCGUCCAAAUGUGAUGUGCUGACUGUCGAAAUCGAACACGUUGAUGUGCCUACGCUGAAGAAAUUACAAAAGACGCACCCUAAACUCGAGAUAUACCCCUCUCCUGAAGCCAUCGAAUUAAUCCAAGACAAGUUCACUCAAAAAGAACAUUUGAUCAAGAAUGAAAUAGACGUUGCCGAAAGCGUUGCUAUUGAAAGCCCUUCUGUGGAGUCAUUAGCCCAAGUCGGUGACAAAUUCGGCUACCCUUACAUGUUGAAGUCCAGAACCUUGGCUUACGACGGUCGCGGCAACUUUGUAGUAAAGUCGAAAGACUCGAUCCCACAGGCGCUCGAAACACUAAACAACAGACCUCUUUACGCCGAGAAAUGGGCCCCAUUUACCAAAGAGCUAGCUGUAAUGAUUGUGCGUUCCAUUGACGGCAAGGUUUUCUCUUACCCAGUUGUGGAAACUAUUCACCGCGAAAACAUAUGCCACUUGUGUUUUGCGCCCGCCCGUGUCCCUGACUCUAUUCAAUUGAAGGCCAAGCUCUUAGCUGAAAAUGCUAUCAAAUCAUUCCCAGGUUGCGGUAUUUUUGGUGUUGAAAUGUUUUACCUAGAGAACGGCCAGCUCUUAAUCAACGAGAUUGCUCCAAGACCUCACAACUCAGGGCACUACACCAUCGACGCCUGUGUUACUUCUCAAUUCGAAGCCCAUGUUAGAGCUAUUCUAGGUUUACCGCUGCCACGGAACUUUUCUUCUCUGUCCACUUCAAAUACUAAUGCUAUUAUGCUAAACGUGCUUGGAGACAAAGAGAAGAACAAAGAGCUACAAACAUGCGAGCGUGCCCUCCAGACUCCGGGUGCUUCUGUCUAUCUUUACGGUAAGGAAUCAAGACCUCAAAGGAAAAUGGGCCAUAUCAACAUAAUCGGUUCAUCCAUGGAGCACUGUGAGCGCCAGUUGCGUUACAUCUCUGGUGAAAGCGAUGAACUGCCUUCUAGUGUUGCCGACAACCUUGCCCCUGAAAUCCCAGGCACUUCCAAAAAACCAUUGGUUGGCGUAAUUAUGGGAUCCGACUCAGACCUACCUGUCAUGAGCGCUGCCUGUGAGAUUUUGAACAAGUUCGAAGUUCCAUACGAAGUUACUAUUGUUUCUGCUCAUAGAACCCCUCAUAGAAUGAGCAAUUACGCCGUUGAGGCGGCAAAGCGCGGGUUAAAAGCUAUUAUUGCUGGUGCAGGCGGAGCGGCGCACCUACCAGGGAUGGUUGCUGCGAUGACUCCCCUACCAGUCAUUGGUGUUCCAGUCAAAGGUUCCACUUUGGAUGGUGUAGAUUCCCUGCAUUCAAUUGUUCAAAUGCCUAGAGGUAUUCCUGUAGCGACAGUUGCUAUCAACAACAGCACCAACGCGGGUCUGCUUGCAGUUAGACUCCUUGGUGCCUAUGACUUUACCUACCAGGAAAAGAUGCAAGAGUUCUUGCUAAAGCAAGAAGAAGAAGUGCUAGUGAAGGCCGAAAAGCUCGAAAACCUAGGAUACCAAAACUACUUGGACGGUAAGAAGUGA